AGCUUUAAUUAUUUUCCUUACAUUCUAACUACAGCUAGCUACUUCCAUUGCUUAAACACAAAUUAAAAGAAACCUUACCAAGUAGGGUUUUUCUCCCAUCAUCAUAAAUUACAUUUGGAUCAACAAAACAUGAGUCAGUAAUCACUUUCUUUUGGUUGUAGUAAUCUGCAAAGUUGAUCUUCAAAGAAAUACUAAUUGGCUUUAUUGGAUCUUGGAAACAAGAGUUUGGCUAAUAGCAUAUCUUUCCAAUCAUCUAUAGAAGUUAUCUUGGAAGAGAGUUGUAUAGCUUCACCCUCACCAAUGGAAACCCCGGAGUAAUCAAUUAAGAAGAAGAAAAUUGAACAGAAAUGGCGGAGACAAUUCGCAUAUCUAGCGAAGACAUCAAGAUUGAAGGUAGUGGCGUUAUUGGAGCAAAACCCUCUUUGUUAGGUCGAAGAAAACGUUCGUUCUUUGACUUAAACGAAGAAGCUGUGGAUGAUAUUGGAGAUGAUGAUGAAAUACUAAUAAGUGAUGGCCUUUGUGGUGAGAUUAGUAACAACAAUGAGAUAUCAUCACAAUCACAAGAAGGGAAUUUAAGUAGCAAUAAUAAUUCAAGUGAAGAGAAAGGGCGUGGAAGUUCGGUAAGACAAUAUGUGAGGUCGAAAAUGCCUAGGCUUCGAUGGACUCCCGAUCUUCAUUUAUCUUUUGUGCAUGCUAUUGAGAGGCUUGGAGGGCAAGAAAGAGCAACACCCAAGCUGGUUCUCCAGUUGAUGAAUGUAAGAGGACUUAGUAUUGCACAUGUGAAGAGUCAUUUGCAGAUGUAUCGGAGUAAAAAGCUUGAUGAGUCUGGCCAAGUUUUAUCCCAAAAGAAUAGGGCAAUGCAAGGAAGGAAUCAUCACAUUUUGGAUAUGUAUGGAAGAUUUAAUGUCCAAGGACAAUUUGGUGUUAAUAACAACUAUUUGCAACCAUCGUCUCAACUAAUGAAACAACCAUAUAAUGAAAUCAAAACUCAUGCCACUUCAAGGUUUCAUGAGAAUGGGGUUUUCAAUAAUAAUCACGUGAUAUUAAGAUCAAGUUCAGUAUGGGACAAAGAUUUAUAUAAGACAAGUUCACAUAUAUUUGAUGUAAAGGAUGCAAUAUCAAGAAAUAAUAUUGGACCUAUUAAUUCUAGCCAAAUAUUUCAAUUGCUACCUGAAGAAAAGAAGUGGCCUCCACAAGGAAGUGAAAAUCACAUAAGCUUGUCUCGUGAUGAACAACAUUUUCCAUGGAACUCCUAUUCUAGUCCUAUAUUCACUAAGGUACAUGAUAAAAAAGAUGGAAUGCAAGAAUUCAUACAACAAACUCAAGUAUUGAAGCAAGGUCAUGUCACAGUCCAAUUAAAAAGGAUGAAUGAGAAGAAAGAGUACACACCAAGCUUCUUAGAACUAAAGCUAAGUCGAGACUCAGAAAUUAAUAUUAAGGAUCAAACAAAUAUAAAUCUAAAAGGCGAACAAGAAACGCACGCAAUUCUCUCUCUUUCAUUGUUCUCUUCCUCGUCGGCUUCGAAUUCAAGGUGAUGAAAAACAAGAUAAGUGAAAAGCGCACAAAGAAAAUAUCUAGGUUGAGAGUUUGAACAUGUUUGCAAAAUUGUACACCAAAGUCAUUUGGGCUGAGUACUUAAGAUCUGACCAUGUCAAAUAGAGCAUUGGAGUGAGAUCUUUCAAGUACUUGCUUUAUCGGACCACAUUUUAUGCAUGCAAGGAUCUUUUGUGAAUUUUUGAAUAAAUUAAUUUAGCAAUUAUUAUUUGAAUUUGGAUUUAUCUUUACCUAUGAAUUAGAAACAAUAUAUUGCUACAAAUAAAUUUGUAUGGUAGACCAUUAAUUUGUAUGGUUGACCAAAAGGUUAAAUUGUAUGUUUGGUUGGUUGCAUU